AUGGCGUACGGUUACGACGUCGAUGUUUUUAGAUUUUUCGAAACUUCCUCGGACCGGCUUUAUGAUUGUGGUCAGUCAAUGGGCUAUUCAAUCGUGAGCCAGCGCAUCAACUGUUCGACCAGGCCCAUCUUAUUUAUCGCACACGGUCUCGGAGGGCUGAUAUGCCAGCAAACCUUGAUAAUCAGCAAUACCAUAGACGGACUCUGGCAGAUCUCGUCCAGCUCAAUUGGGAUCAUAUUCAUGGGAACCCCUCAUUAUGGGUCAAUUGCAUCAUAUGUGGAUAAACUUGCCAAGUGCAUGGACACGGGCCAUUCGAUGGACAGAGGAACUGUCGAUGCUUUCUAUCCGGGCUCAAAUGAUUUACAGCGAGUCGGGAAUGAAUUCCAAUUGAUGAUUCAUCGUGAUGAUCUCUCUCUCAGGAUAUUUUGCUUCUACGAAGCCUUCGAGAUGAAUGGUGAAGUCGGCAAGAUCGUGGAAGAACACUCUGCUGUCUUGAGAGGACAUGACAGUUGCAGUGUCGACACAAACCAUGCGAAUAUGACAAGGUUCCGUGGGCGGACUGAUGGGUGUUAUCGUCUCAUUCAAUCGAUCAUUGCGAAAUGGCUUCAAGAUCCUGCGAACGAAUCAAAGAAGGCAUCUGCAUCUUUCGGGGCCGGUUCAAAACCAUGCCCUCCAUGGCUUCAGCCACUUGAUACCGAGCCCUUCGCGACACCAGAAUAUACAGAAUCUGGCUCGGAGCUCAGUGCGUGGUCUACUGCUCCUACUCCAACGGAAAGACCAUUGAUCACGGAGACCACCCACUUUUACAGAUUCAUCAAUACCGGAAACUUGAUGCAAAGGUGA